CGUCGCCGCCGCAGCAGCAGCAGCAGCAGCAGUAGCAGCAGCAGCAGCAGCAAUUGACCGUUGUGUAUGCGUCUGGUUAGAUGCAAUGUGUUGUGUGAAUAGUUGCUGCAACGGCGAAUCGACGCCAGUGCCUAUCGUGUAGGUCGCAGCAACAACAACAACAACAACAACAACAACAGUAGUAGCAGCAGCAACAACAAUAACAAUGGUCUGGCCCGCAGUGACUGGGGUUGUUGUAGUCGGCUAGAAGAAGUAGUCCAGUUACCGAGAAAAAGUACCAGAGUAAUAACAGUAAUAAGAGUAACAACAGUAACAGCAAGUUGACGAGGACAACUACAGCGGUAGAGAACAGUCGUCCUUUUGCUACACGACUGCGACUAGCAGAAGCGAUAGACGUGGCAGUGGUGCGUAUAGGAGCAGGCCGUUGUUAGCUGCUAGCUAACAACAAAAACAACAGUGGCAGUACGGACAACUAGUACAGCAACAGACGGAACACAACAACAGUCAACUCUCCGAUUCAAGUCGUGAUUAAAAAAAAGCCGCUGUGUACAGCAGGAACAGAGGCGGACGGCGACACUGGCUGUAAAAACAAUCAUCACACAGAGAGUAGUCGACUAAAGUCAGUAGUGAAAAAAGUCGUCGUACUUCUGUAAUGCUAACAACUACGGGGGCAGUUGUAACUAGUUGUACUGCCGUUGCCGCUACGGGUUCGCUGAGUACAACAAAAGUCGACUGUUUCCUACUGCCAGUGUCGUAAGCAGGACGGCAUCAAUACGGUUACUUCGAGUGCCGAAGUUAAUGCUGGUUAGCGUGUGACGUGUUUUGCAUCGAGUGCGGCACUCUCUGUCCCGUAGCACGAGAGUUCUGAAGUGAUAGAUAAGCUGGUGUCGAACAGAAUGUACGCUUAAAUAUCAUUAUGACCUAACACUACUGGAAAAGUCCACUCAAACGGUUACCAUUCGAAGUUCACACGGAGAUAUCGGAGUAAACCUGCAAUAGCGCAGGGAACGAAAAGUGCCAGACGAAUCGCGUCAGACGAAAUGUCAAAAAAACGGGGGUAAAGGAAACCCUCCCCUUAUUCCCCACGGGAGUACUAUUUAACUCGAGAGUAAGUGAGUGUUAGCAUAACAUUGGCAAGCAAUCAACUCCGAGUGUCACAGUAAUCGUAGUCGAUAUCGACGUCCAGGAGGAGGAAGCGGUACAGAUAGCACUCGUUCUGCAACUGGAAGAACAGCAGCAAACGACACUGUGUGCGCGCAAAUAAGCUGAAUCUUUAUUUCUUCGCAAAAAAACAGUAUAGUCAAUCAGCAAUCAGCGUCGUCAGGCCACGAUACCUUCAAUCGUUCUCGGCAACAUCGUAAGAACGGAUGGAAAAAGAUCACUGCUAACCUUCGUCCUCUGCUCAGUAUUCUUACGAAUCCAACGGUCGGAAAUAAUUGCAACGAAACAAUAACGAGCAACUUAUGCCCGCCAUCGUCGUUCCUUGAUUUAUUGGCGAUCGUUGACAAAAGAAAGAAAAAGAUAGAAAUCGUACGCAACGAACCAGUGCAGUUUCAUUUAAAUGGCGUUGUCAUCCGCAUUGGGACCACUGCGCCGUAUCUUCAGUGUGUGCUUUUCACUUGUGCAGUCUUGAAGGAAAUUCGUUUCUUCGUGUUAUUAAUAUUCUUUUUGUCUUUAGUUGUGUCGACGGUAUCGACUUCAAGUGCAACUUUUGCUGUGCAGCAGCAUCAGCAGCGAAAGUGACUUCCCUCUUUACAUGUAACGAGUGCGAUAUCAGCAUCGCCGCCGCCGCCGCCGCCGCCGCCGCCGCCGCCGCCGCCGCCGCCGCCGCCGGUAAUAGUCGCGGCAUUUACCGGCCCGCAGCAUAAUACCAAUGAACACAGCACCAACAUCAGCGUCAUCAGCCGUAUUAACAGUAAUAGUACUACUCUCUCAGUUGUUGUAGUAGUGUGAGCGCCGGUCACGUCGGUUUUGUCAGAGCAGGUGUGAGCACUCCACGCAAGCCGCGUGUCUUUUUUCUCUGUCGGCCUAUUUGUCCAGCUGUCUGUGCCAUGCUACAAGGAAGCAGCAACAGCAGCGCCGGGUAAAACAAGAACACAAUCCCGUGUACGGUCUCUGUGUAUACAGUAUUCCAGGGAGUGGCAAUUGCAGAUAUUACUAAGAAUAAUAAUAACGAAAAUCAUUGCAACAUACUACGAAAGGUGGAUAUUUUAACAACGAUAACAAAGUGGCUCAGGCGACUCAUCGCAGCGUUGUAAGGCAGUAGAAAACGGAACAGGAAUUGAUUUUACCAUAUCGGCGCAAUCCCAGGAAGAUUUUAUGAAGACCAGUGCCUAGUCGCCAAUAUAUCUGAUUUCUUUGUUUAUUUUUUACUGAAUGGUCAGUCAAACCGAGAUUCGCUAGCAUCGAUGUCCCAAGAAUAGUGCGAGUAUUGGUAACAGCGGAAGCAAGCAGUGUCUAGCGUGUGUCAUGCCCCUCCACCGUUCAUUGCCUCCUGCCACUACUGACUCCUGUCCAUCGAUGUGCAAGCGCCCGCCGGCGCCAUCGUCGCCGACUACAGCGGUCACUGUUUGUUAGCUAUCGCGUCUGCGAGCAAACAGCAGCACGAAUAGGAGCAUCAACUAGCGAUCGGCUGCCGCAGCAGUAAUAAUAUUGGCUGUAAUGCUGCCGUAGUGUCUACUACGAGCAACUAGUCAAGAACGAGCGAACGGACGGACGAACGAACGAACGAACGAACGAACGAAGCGUCCAAGCGCCCUCCUCGUCGUCGUCACCGGUGUUGUCUAUGCCACAAUCACUGCGCCGUGUGCCGUCGUCAUCGUGCUUACUUCGUUCGCCAUUUCAAUCGACGCCGCUUGUGCCGCGUUGAACCGACGGUGCUUGCCGGGGAUCGCGCCUUCGUAAACCGUCUGCCUAUCUGUCGGUUGGGCUAUCAUGAGUUAGUAGUUUACUCGCUCGUGACUUGCUUUCUUAACUGACUGACUGACUAGCGAUCGACUGCGGUUGACGCCAGCAGUAGUAGCGGCCGUCGUCAGUUGUUGCGGGUCGUCUCCAGUGCUGCUCCGCGGUCGUCGCCACUAACAGCCCCAAUAGCAGUAGCAGCAGCAGCGUCGUCUAUAUCGACAUCCAGUCGUCAGUCAGAGGAGAAACAGGCAGACAAACGAAUACCGGCAGCCGACGGCAAAGGCUGGUCCUUGGUCGUUGAACAGUAACAGCAUCAAUAACAACAGCAGUUGGUCGUUCAUUGAGCGACCGACGGGUUAACUGGCUGCUGACCGACGCUGACCGAAGCGGUCUAGUAACGGAGGCGUCGAGCAGCCGCGCAACUAGCGCGCCGUGGGGUCUGCCUGCGGACAAACGAGACCAAUAGUAACAACAUCAAUAAUAAUAAUGACAUCAGCUACAACAAUACAAAGGAAAAUGACUAGUACAACAACGUCAAUAUCAUGAAAGACCCAUCAUCGUUGAAACCAUAACAACAACAGUGGCAUCAAACACAUCGUAGUUGGCCUAUACGACGUAGGACGCUAAUUAUUAGUUCCGCAAAACAGGUCACGAACAGCCGAGGGCCAAGUCGGCGAUCGCAUUUCAGCUGAAAAGUUGCCGGGGAAAACGUAUUCGAUUGUGAGUGCGAAUUGGAUAGUGUGUCUAGGUUCUGCCUGGAGUGUGCCACACGCAACAGUACAGCUGCAGCAGUGUUGAUCUUCAGGCCACUGAGGGCCGGCAUGAAAGUGCGCACCGGUCCCCAGCUUCGGGCCGGUUCGUAGGUUAGCAUGCUGUCAGGUGUCCGGCACACUGGCGCGCAACUGCAAUUUCUCAAGCCGAAGCAGCUACUGAUAGAGGCUGCCGAGGCGGCUGAGGCAGCGGUUCUCGCAAGCGGCGCUGGCGGCGGUGGAGUAUUCGAACCUAACGGCGCCAGUGGUAGUGGGCCAUUACUGGCCCCCGGAGGCUCAAUCGGUUCUCUACAACUGAACACGACAAACCUGGACCUUAACGGAGAGCGCGCGGAAGCUAUGGUGAAGAUGUCGACACCGGCCGGGCUUUCGACUCGUGGCGCGCAACGCCAACAAUGCUACCUAUGUGACCUGCCUCGCAUGCCGUGGGCGAUGAUCGACGACUUCUCGGAGCCGGUCUGUCGAGGCUGUGUAAACUAUGAAGGGGCUGACCGCAUCGAAAUCGUUCUCGAAAGCGCACGACAACUUAAACGCGCACAUGGCUUCUCGCCACCGGGACCAUCUGCCAGCUCGGUGGCCCAGCCACAUUUCAAACGCCAUGAGCUCAAUGGCGAUUCAGCUGCAACUCUAGCUCCGUUGGCGCUAGCACCGAGAGACCGCUAUACUCGAAUAGAGGCGUCAUAUCGGCACGCACCGACGCACGCCCAGCUAAGUGCUGAAGAACCCCGAAGACAUUUAUCUAAUCAGAGGGCCCUAAAGCGAGAGCGGGGUACUGAGGAGGAGCCCGAACUGGACAAGCGCGUACACCUUGACCCCUCACACAUCGCGCCGCCAGAAUUAACGCGGCCUCCACUGACCCGCGGUGAGUCGAUGCCCGCGGCUGUGAUGGCCGCCCCAUUCGAGCUACGCAACUACAAGAAGGACCACAUGGUCGGACGCGUAUAUUCGUUUGAUGCGGCGACCAGCAUUAAGGCCGCAGGCCCAGGAUUCCCUUCGGCGUGUUCCAGUGCGGCGCAAGUUGCAGGACCGGUAGGUGCUACCCUGUCCCCAUUGACACGUAGUAUUGCGUCGCCGGAGGGGCCUCUCAGCGCGCUAGCACAGCAAGGUCUGGCCUCUGCACAGGCGCCUUCAGCCGGCAAUCCACACGAAGAAAGGAACGGUCUUCAUCAUGGAAGUUCGGUAUCGGCUGAACCACCUCCAUCGACACGACGGCAUUCACCUCCCGUCGCGCCGAAAAAGUCCCGCCACUCGCUGUCGGCGCAGCCCUCACAGGAGGGUCCGCCACCAUCCCCAGCGUCGGCCGCAUCGGCGACGCCCGGUCAGCCAUCAGCGGGACCUGGAGCAGCGGCCUCUGGUCCUGGGGGACCCGCCUCAAACGCCGCGUCGUCCGGUGGCAGCGGGGUCAAAGGCGCGGCGGCCGGGGGUGGCGCCGAGUCCGCUCCCACUUUGAAGUGCACGCUGUGCCAGCAGCGGCUGGAGGACACCCACUUUGUACAGUGUCCAUCGGUUGGGGCGCACAAAUUCUGCUUCCCCUGCUCCCGUGACAGCAUACAGCAGCAAGCGGCCAAUGCCGGCGGGGAGGUCUAUUGUCCUAGCGGUGAAAAAUGCCCACUUCUUGGUUCCACAGUACCGUGGGCUUUUAUGCAGAAUGAAAUAGCGACAAUCCUCGGUAACGAGGAGCUCGCGCCCGCUAAAAAGACGCCUACGCCCCCAUCAUCGGCAUCGGCAACCCUCUCUGCACCGCCGUCGGCGGCGGGUAACACUCCUGGAGGCGCCCACCAGCGACCGCAGGCUCCCACGCCGCCGAGCAGCCAGCCGGGAGGUGCUCCGGGACCUCAAACGGGUCCGACCUUGCCUACAAGCAAUGGCAGCAGCGCCAGCCGUGACGGCAGCACGUAAAAUCCGCGAAACACCGAACGCGAAAUAAAUAUAUAUAUAAUUGACCAACGGUAUCUGUUGUCGACGUCAUCGUCCCGGUUGUCCCACUGAGGAACGAUUGGAUGACUAACAGUCGCAAUUCUCCAAGGGAAAUUGCCACGUCUACUCGAUAGAAGUGACGCUCAAAUGCGAGGAAAGCGUUUUGUCCCUUUAAUUCAUCUCUCGUAUCUAUAUUUUGAAGAUUGAUGGGUGGAUAAGCGGUGGUCGCCCACCUAAGAUUGAAUGAGAUAUAUAGUUGUUUAUGGCAUGUUGGUAGGCACUGCCUUGUUCCCUAACUUCAGUGUCACUACUUCAGUCUCUGUCAACGUAGUUCUGCAUCUGCUUCAGUUCAAGAUAUACGAAGCGAGCAUGAAGCAGGCCGUGAAGUUUUGGCACCAUUAUACUGCCCCCACUCGCCCUGGCUAGAACAUACAUGUACGUGUUGUGGAUGAGAAAGCGUAACUCGUCGCGCUUAACAUGUCCGGUCACUUUUCUGGUUGGCGGCCAAUUGAGUGACUGAGACCGACAAAAAAAAACAGGCUCGUCGGUCUGUUGCCCUUGCUUGCGUAACAAUACUAUCAUCAUAAACUAUACACAGCUCUUGCUACAGCUAAAAUAUCAUAGUAUAUGUACCACUGGUGUGAGUCACAUAAACAGAAUGUUCAUUCAUUGAUUCAUUGAAAGAUUAGUGAAUGGAUGCAUAGCUUCAACGCAUGUAGAAGAGCUGCACGUGUCCUAACAUUUACGGGGGUGUUUGCAGCAUGAAGCUAACAUGAGACGACUUGGCGACAAUGACUGGUUCUCGUUGCUUCCCUCUACCUUUCUCUUACCGACGAUAAUAACCGAUCUUUCUCGUUUGUACUUUGUUUGACAAUAAAUAGAAAGUAGAAAGAGGGGCAAAGAACGAGCAAACGUAAACGAGCAAAAAUCAAAUGCGAUUGCACGCGAUUUCAAAAGUUGCCGCCAGAUCAAUACAACAAAAUUAUGUUGAUGAAGCAGUAUUGGGAAAAUCGGAUGGUGUCCCGAUCAGUUGUCGAGAAACCCUUGACUCUCGACUAGCUGAAGGACUCUGGAAACCCAUUUAUUUACAUACGUUCAUAGAGCCUACUUUUAGACGGCCGGAAGACCACACGCGUUUUCCAACCUUUGCGAAGGACACAAAUACAAUAAGGGCGGCGGAAUAAUAGGUAAUAAUCAUUAUUAUUAUUAUUAUUAUUAUACGAAUGAUAACAGAAUAUGAUAUUGAUGCAGGCGUGAAGAAUACAAUCUUAAGCGAGCAGUCACAAGGGAUACUGAGUGCAGAGAAUGAUGAAUUUACAACAACAACAACAACAACAACAAACAAAAAUCCAUAACAGCUAACACAAAUAACAGCGUAUAAUAAUAUUUGAUUAUAUGACAAUAAUAACACCCGACUUUAUAUAACAGUGACUAACGUCAUGUAUUACAGUGACAAUGAUGAUGUUCAGCCGGAGGUGUCGUUGCUGCUGUGAAAAGUGGGCGAGGUGGGUGGGUACAAUGGGGUGGGUUUGUAGCGAAAGCUGAGGAGGAAGCGGACAACCUCGGUUGAAUUCACGCAUACUUGAUAAGCCACACGUAAAAAUGUCGCACAUAAAGCGAUGCACCCCGUGAAUAUUUGUACAGAAAGUUCGAAAGACAAACAAUCCACUAGUAACAGUAAUAGAAAUCUAUUAGGUUAUCGAAAAUUCCAUGCUCCAUCUUGAACCGUGCUGUAUCUUAACUCCUCUCGUUAACUUUUUUCCCAUUUCCUUCCUGAACUCCAAUGAAGCUAGGCAAAGAAAUCGAGGAUUCGCUAAACAACAACAGUAGACUAAUAACUAAAAACACGAGUGAUGAUGUUAUAUAUAUAUAUACAUACACAUUCACGUUCAUAGUUAUGCUCAGAAAGAAAUAGCAAGAGAAGGAAUAAAACAGAUUUGACGAAAUGCUAAUGAAAAUGAGGUAAAGUGAGAGGCUUAAAUUCCCUUACUAUUUAAUAUUGAUAAUAAUAAUAAAUCUAAUAAUGAUAAUGUCUACUAGCUAACAACUAUCUUAUAUAUAUAUAUAUAUAUAUAUAUAUAUAUAUAUAUAUAUAUAGGCAAUAGAUACCCGAAAGCGAGUGGUGAGAAUGUCUAACCGGGAGAAAAACAAAGAGAAUAUUAAUUAGUUAAUAAGAACGAGUUGUAGAAAACGUCGAGCUAGUUACGCUCAUCAGCAUUCGACAGAAUUACAGAGAAAGUAAUUGGAAGCAUUGCAGGGAUGGUGAGAGUGCGCCAGCAGGAUAGAAUGGUCAUUGAUAACGGAGGAGAAAGGAGAAAAGGACCCCACAAGGAGAAAAGGACCCAACUUACAACAGUAAAAAAAAAUACAGCAUCAACAACACUGAAUCUACUGAAAAAGAUAAAUGAAAAUAUGUUAGUUAUUGUUGUAUUCUACAAACUCACACAGCUGUGGGCAACCAACGACGACACCACGAUCCCCUCCAUUUUUUCAAGUAGGCAGCGUAAUAACAAAAAAAGAAAAAAAAAGCUGCCAGUGUAAGUUACUUCUGACACUUACCGAUUCAUGCAUCGACAACAAAGACGAUAAACAUUUCUGCGCUACGAAAAUAAAUAGAAUCAUAGCGGGAUGUUGGUCAUCGCUCCUGGUUGCGAGCAGCCAAAAAAUGAAAGUUCGGUAUCAGCUUUCUUUUUGCCCUCCAGCAUCAGUCAACAUCUAAAAAAGCUCAUCAACGGCAGAAAUAUUAGCAGAGCAGUUACCGCGAUCACGUCAUGAUCGAAGUCGUGAAAUGAAAAACAGGACGCACGAAUGCAUGACAUCGCUCGACGCGAUGCCACUACUGCAAAAACAGUUUUUUUGAUGAUGAUGAUGAUGGCGACGAGGAAGCCGGAGAAAUAGGCAACGUAACAGUUAUGUAGAUAUAAUAUUUGACUGUUAGAUUUAGUUAAUAUAUUAUUGCAUCAACACACAUGUAAACACGACAUGUAAACACACGUAAACACAUACGCAUAAACGCUGACUCACAUUCACAAAGACGCAAUGAAAGUAAAGCUGAACAUUCAUUAAUAGAAGAGAGCCAUUUUCGAAAUUAGACUGAACUGAAAGGAUUCUAUUCGGCAAAAUUCGAUUUCUAUGCACUGUAAACAAUGUGAAGAAAUUCUGCUUGAAUGCUUUUGGUCUGAAGCCGGCGGUUCCUGCAACUGUAAGGCAAAUUCGACAUUUGUGUAAUGGCUAAUGUUUUAUCAAAUUAUAGGAAAAUGUGAGCAACAGUCAUUAAUAUGAAGGCACAACACGCAAACACUUAAACCGUGUGUAUUCGCACGCAUCAAUACCCUGGUUACAUCUAAACUGCAUCGUCACACCGAAAGUGUAAACAUGAAUGUACUCGACUUUAGUAAUGAGCGGGCGUAAUAAUAUCGAAAAGUUAAAUGAACGCCUUAUGCAAUCUAUCGAUCGAUCGAUCGAUCGAUCUAUAUAGAGCAACGAAUCGUUGUAUAACAACAACCAUGAUAAACUACUGUUUCAUGACCUUGAUGACAACUUAUAUUGACGUGAUGCUGAUGACUAGAAGGAGAAUUAUGCCAACACCUACAUUAAUAACAGGAACGUAAUAACAUGAAUAAUACGAUAGCGGUAAUGCUGGUCAUGAUGAUGAGGUUAAAUUUUGCUCCACCCCGUCCAUCUAGAGGAGGAAAGAAGGACAGAGAAAGGGGCUUCCGCGCUCCUUGGCCCCCUCUUCUAGAGAUGACAGAUCUCUACGGGACGCUAUGAAGUGUAUCGGGUGCAAUGAAUGCGACGCGGUACAUGCGGUAGAAUUAGUUUAUAUUGUAUAAUGCGGUAUAUUAAAGAGUUGCAGUGAUGACGCUGUUCUUAUAAUGCUGAUGGCGACAAUUGUACGAACAAGAUAAACAUGGCGCUAGAUAAGUCGAGAGAGUAUUUGCUGCACCCGCUUGUCGUUACCGUGGAUGAGGUCACCAUUUCGGGACGCACUGCCCUCUGCGGUCGAAUAGAAACGCCUCGAAA